GCAGGGAGUCCGGCCCAUACGACCACACAAACUCUCGCCCCAACCCCGCACCUCAUCAGAGAGACGACCCCUACCACCACCACCACUCGGAAGGCAACGACGGCGAGAUGUUCCUGCGGCGGAUCCUGACCGGCGAGGGCGGCCUGGCGGCGCUGCGUGCGGCGCGCGCCGUCAAGCAGACGACGGGGAUCGUGGGCCUCGAUGUGGUGCCCAACGCGCGGGAGGUGCUCAUCGGUCUAUACAAGCGCACGCUCAAGGAGAUCGAGGCGGUCCCCAAGGACGAGGGCUACCGCAAGGCCGUCGAGUCCUUCACCAACCACCGCCUCCAGAUCUGCCAGGAGGAGGACGACUGGAAGCGCAUCGAGGACCGAAUCGGAUGCGGGCAGGUCGAGGAGCUCAUCGAGGAGGCCGAGGACGAGCUCAAGCUCAUCGCCAAAAUGAUUGAAUGGGAUCCCUGGGGUGUUCCUGAAGACUAUGAAUGCGAGGUGAUUGAAGAUGACACCCCAAUUCCGAAGCAUGUUCCUCAGCACCGGCCUGUUGCGCUUCCUGAGGAGUUCUUCAAGACACUAGAUGCUGUCAAAUCCGAUCCCGCUCUGCAGGGCGAUGCUCCUCCUCAAGUGAAGGCAUAAAGAUGGGGAGUCUUCACGAGUAUGGCAUUUCACAUUUUGCUGUGUUGAGUAGAGACUAGUUUCUUUGUGUCAUUUGCCAGCAAUGUGCUUGUUGUUCCAAGCAGAAUAAAUUUCUGGUGAGUACUAUCAAAUAGUGAGUUUCAACUCAGUGAUUUGACACAGUAAAUUUGUUGUCCAUGAAUCCUUAAUAUCCCUAAAACAUCAUUUACUUUGAUGUUAAUCGAUGUUGACGAAAUAUCGAAUGCUAGUUGGGCUCUGGCUCAAUUUCUUGUA